AUGGCUCUGAGUAAUGAGAAUGCUGGCGAUCUUGCAAAAGCGGAAGAAGAAUACAAGGAUAUUUUAGCAGAGCUGGCGGAGUCGCAAAAUCAUCAGCAAGAUAGGCAGUACACACAAGAACAAACAAGGCUCGUUGCCGCGGUGAAUAGACAACUAGGGUGGAUUUCAUAUCGUUUCAAUUAUCCUGAACAGUCAGAAGAGAGAGCUCGGAGGCUUCGUGAAGCGGAACAGUUCCUCCAAAAUUCGAAGAAGUUCGAACCUAUAAAUGGAAAAACAUAUUACUAUCUGGGGCGAUGUUACGGUGAAACAUUGAAUAAGGUGAGUGGAAUAUCUAUGGUUGGAUUUUCUGGAUAG